AUGUCUGAUAAAGAAGACGUUGAGAUAGAUCAGGGAUCAGAAUCUGGAGAAGAAAAGAAGAAGGAGAAGAAGGAGAAAAAGGAGAAGAAAGAGAAGAAAGAAAAGGAAGAAAAAGAAGAUAAAGAUGAAAAGAAGGAGAAGAAGGAAAAGAAGGAAAAGAAAGACAAAGAUGACGAUGAUGAUGAAAAGAAGGAUAAGAAAGAAAAGAAAGAGAAGAAAGAUAAAGAUGACGAUGAUGAAAAGAAAGAAAAGAAGGAGAAAAAGGAUAAGGACGACGAUGAUGAAAAGAAGGAGAAAAAGGAAAAGAAGGAUAAGAAAGAUAAAGACGAUGAAGAUGAUAAGAAGAAAGAUAAGAAGGAUAAAAAAGAUAAGGACGAAAAAGAUAAGAAGGAUAAGAAAGAUAAAGAUGACAAAAAAGAUAAAAAGGACAAAAAAGAUAAAGAUGAUAAGAAAGAUAAAAAGGACAAGGAAGAUCAGAAGGCAAGUGACAGAGAUGUUAAAGAUAAAACAACUAAUGAGGAAGCAAAGAAACAAUCAAAAUGCUGCCGAAUUCAAUAA